AUGAGUUCCCCUGACAACCAGGAGUUCCAACUGAGACUAGCACCAGAGGCUCCAACUCACAGGGUCUCCAGGAAGGCAGCAGGGUCUGGUGUGCCCAGAGCUCCAUCCAUGAGGAGUGAUGUCUCAAAAGAUGACCCUCCUCUCAUGACAGAAGGGGAAAGGGUCUCCAGGAAGGCAGCAGGGUCUGGUGUGCCCAGAGCUCUAUCCAUGAGGAGUGAUGUAUCAAAAGAUGACCCUCCUCUCAUGGCAGAAGGGGAAAGCAGCGUGUCCAGGAAGGCAACAGGGUCUGGUGUGUCCAGAGCUCCAUCCAUGAGGAGUGACUGGUCAAAAGAUGAUGGUCCUGACAUGGCAGAAGGGGAAAGGAUAUCCAGCAGGAAAGCAGCAGGGUCUUGUGUGUCCAGUGCUCCAUCCAUGAGGAGUGAUGUCUCAAAAGAUGAUGGUCCUGACAUGGCAGAAGGGGAAAGGGAACAGGAGGAAGGGUAUGAACCAGACACCAGCAGCAGUCAGGAAAAGCAACCAGAUCUACUUCAUAUUUUUGAGGUACUUGAGAAGAAGAUGGUCACCUUUUUAAAGACAGAGCUACAGAGAUUUAAGCAGAUUCUUAGUCCAGACUACAAGGAAAACUUUGAGAUGAAAUCAGAGGAUGAGACUGAUGCCAGAGAAGGAGCUCUCAAGCUGGCGUUGCAUUUCCUCUGCAAGAUGGAGCAACAGGAUCUUGCUGAUAAAUUGAAUGACAAUGAGCUCUAUGUAAUUUGUCAGAAUGACUUGAAACAAAAUCUCAAGAACAAAUACCAGAAUGUGUUUGAAGGAAUAGCAAAACACGGAAGCUCUGUUUUGCUAGAAAAGAUCUAUACAGAUCUCUACAUAACAGAGGGAGGAGGUGGGAAAGUAAAUAAGGAGCAUGAAGUCAGACAGAUUGAGUCCAGAUCCAAGAGAUCAACUGGACAGGACAAACCAAUCAAAUGUGCAGACAUCUUUAAGCCUUCACCCGGUCAGGACAAACCAAUCAGAAGAGUUCUCACCAAAGGGGUGGUUGGCAUUGGCAAAACUAUCUCUGUACACAAGUACAUCCUGGACUGGGCUGAGGGAAAGGACAACCAGGAGAUCAAUUUCAUCUUCCCAUUGUGCUUUCGGGAGCUCAACCUCAUGAGAGACAAGGAGUGGUAUUUGAUGGAUCUUCUUCACCACUUCUUUCCAGAGACAAAGCAGUUAAGACUAGGCAGUCAGAAGAAAUAUAAUGUGCUGUUUGUCUUUGAUGGCCUGGAUGAGUGUCGACUUCAACUCAACUUUCAGACAAAUGAAAGUUUGACUAAUGAAAAAGUAAUCACCUCAUUGGAUGUCCUGUUGACAAAUCUCCUCAAGGGUAAUCUGUUCCCCUCUGCUCUAAUCUGGAUAACGUCUCGACCAGCAGCAGCCAGUCAAAUUCCUCCUGAGUGUAUCGAUCUGGUGACAGAAGUGCAGGGGUUCAAUAACUCACAGAAGGAGGAGUACUUCAGAAAGAGGAUCAACAAUGAGAGUAUUGCAUGUGAAAUCAUUUCACACAUUAAAUCAUCAAGGAGCCUCCACAUCAUGUGCCACAUACCCGUGUUCUGUUGGAUUGCUGCUAUGGUUCUUGAGAUUAUUUAUUCCUCAGGGCAAACAGAGAUUCCAAAGACUUUGACAGAGAUGUACACAUACUUCUUUGUUUUCCAAAUCAGACAGAGAAGCAUCAAAUUUGAUAAUGUGCAUGUUCUUAACACGCAACGGAACCAUGAGCUGAUCCUCCGUCUUGGAAAGUUGGCCUAUGAACAGUUAGAGAGGGGCAAUCUGAUAUUUUAUGAAGAAGACCUCAGAAUCUGCGGCAUUGAUGUGAAAGAGGCAACUGUAUUCUCUGGGAUGUGCACCCAGAUCUUCCGAGAGGAAUCAGGGAUCUUUCUAGGGACAGUGUUCUGCUUUGUGCAUCUCAGUAUCCAGGAGUACCUUGCUGCUCUGUAUGCUCUGGUGAUGAUGGGCGUUGAAAAGAAAAACAUAAUAUCCACACCACAUUCAACUCCAAUGACGAAACCAACAAUCAGCUUUCAUAAGAGGGCUGUAGACAAAGCUUUGGCUUACGAAGAUGGGCGCUUUGACCUCUUCCUCCGCUUCCUUCUUGGCCUCUCUCUGGAAUCAAAUCAGACUCUCCUGCAUGGUCUAAUACAGAUGAGACAAAUACAGACCAGUAAUGAUAAAACUAUUGCUUACAUUAAGGAGAAGAUCAGGGAGGUGUCUUCCUCAGAAAGGAUGAUCAACCUCUUCCACUGUUUGAAUGAACUGGAUGACAACUCCUUAGUGGAGGAGAUCAAGAGCUUCCUUAGUGCAGGGACUAUUUCUGAAUCAAAACUCUCACCUGGUCAGUGGUCCGCUCUAGUGUUUAUGCUGCUAACAUCAGACCAGAACCUGGAUGUGUUUGAUUUGAAGACGUACAUCAGAUCUGAUGAAGCUCUCCUGAGGCUGCAGCCAGUAGUGGAGGAAUCCCACACAACUCUGGUCAACAGGUGUGAGCUCACUACACAGAGCUGUAUAACACUAGCCACCAUCCUCCGCAAAGAAUCAUCAAAGCUCAGACACCUCUAUCUCAGUGACAACCACAUUGGAGAUGAUGGAGUCAAAGAACUGUGUAUGGGACUGAAGAGCACAAACUGUGCACUGGAGACACUGAGCUUGUCAGACUGUGGUGUAACAGGAGAAGGAUAUACUGCUUUGGCCUCAGCUCUCCAAUCAAACCCUUCACACCUGGAGGAGCUGUACCUGAGAGGAAACGACCCUGGAGACUCUGGAGUGAAGUUACUCACCGAUCUAUUACAGGACCCUCAAUGUAAACUAAAGGGACUGAGGAUCAGUAGCUGUGGGCUCACUGAACAGAGCUGUGCAACACUAGCAUCUGUCCUCCGCAAAGAAUCAUUAAAGCUCAGACACCUGGAUCUCAGUGACAACCCCAUUGGAGAUGAUGGAGUCCUACUACUGUGUAGUGGACUGAAGAGCCCCAACUGUGCGCUGGAGACACUGAGAUUGUCAGCCUGUGGUGUAACAGGAAAAGGAUAUGCUGCUCUGGCCUCAGCUCUCAAAUCAAACCUGGAGGAGCUGGACCUGAGAGGAAAUGACCCUGGAGAGUCAGGAGUGAAGUUACUCACUGAUUUAUUACAGGACCCUCAAUGUAAACUAAGGAGACUGAGGCUUAAUGACUGCAGUAUAACAGCAGAGGGUUGUACUGCUCUUACUUCAGCUCUGACAUCAAAUCAGGAAUCACGCCUGACAUGUCUGGGUCUGAGUAGUAAUAAGCUGGGAGACCUGGGUGUGAAGCAGAUCUCUGAUCUGCUCAGGAAUCCAGAAUGCAAACUGCGGUGGCUGUGGGAUUAG